AUGAGUGUUCAAGACUACGUUAUCCACCAUCUAACGUCAGCAUUCUGGUAUGCCUUGGACAAUGACUUGCUAUCCACUGCUGAGUUUACCGCCGAAAGGCUUCUAGCAACCACUUCCACUUCCACCUUCGACAGCAAAGGCAGAACUAAUGUUCAAAAUGGCAAUGCAAUCAACAACAAUAACAGCAGCAGCAGCAGCAACAACAACAACAACAACAACAACAACAACAACAACAACAACAACAAUAAUAAUAAUAAUAAUAAUAGUAAUAAUAAUAAUAACAACAACACUGGCGAUGGUGCUGGGGACAGCAGUUUACAUGACGAAUCAAUUUACCUAUAUGCCCUAGCUCUCUUCAAAAGAAAAAAAUACAAGGCUGCGUACAAUUUCUCGUCCACUUCGUCUCACAUUGGCUCAGUGUUUAUCUUUGCCAAAUCUUCUUUGGUUCUUGGGUUGUAUGAUGAUGGAAUCAAUGCUCUACAGGACACAAUGUACUUGUGGAACUCAUCUGAUAAUAGAAAACCAAUAUUCUCUGAUCAAAACUUUGCUGACUAUAAUCAUUCUGCCAACUGCUUCAGUUACCAGCUUGGUAACUACCAAAGAAACUCGAUCCCAGAUUCGUCUAUUUUUUUUAAUCUAUUGGGGAAGCUAUACAACAAAAUUGGGGAUAUUAAGAACUCGUCAAUCAACUACACAAACUGUUUGAAGUUAAACCCUUAUAUAUGGGAAUCUUUUGAAGAUCUUUCGAAAAUGGGAGCGAACGUCAAAACAAAAACAUUAUUCAAAGCAAACCACACUAUUCCUAAUCUUAACAACAACAACAACAACAACAACAACAACAACAAUAAUAAUAAUAAUAAUAAUAAUAGCAAAAAGACUCUAAUUAACUCUAAAAAUGGGGGAAAUAACAUCAAUAACACCAAUAACAUCAAUAUCAAUCAAGGCCUAAUCAACAACUCAUCAUCGCGUUUAUCAAAUUCUAAAUCCUCCAUCAGGAAAAUUCCUUCUUCUGCAUCUGCCUGGAUAUCGAAUCCUGCAUCCAGCUCUGCUUCCAAAAACAGCAAUUCCUUAAUAAAAACACCGAUACAAAGCUCCAAUCAUAGAAACCUAAACCUAAACCUGAACCUAAACUUGAGUGUGAAUUUGAAAAAAUCACAAAAAAUCAACAACAUUUUCCAAUCUGGCUCAUCUUCUCACUCCACCACUUUUAAUCAAAAUAAUUCAUCGAUCGCUGUUGUCAACUCUAUCAAAAAGGACCAUUACAACCAAGCGCACGACCAUUUGAUGAAUCUAUAUCUUGUUUUUGCAAAGGCAUUGAAGGCAAUGAAUAGAUACGAUCUAUUUAAAUCAAUCCGUUUGUUCAAUUCUUUACCAGAGCACCAUCUAAACUCUUGUUAUGUGUUAGGCAAGUUGGGAAGACUAAAUUUUGAAAUUGUAAAUUAUUCCAAAGCUGAGAAGUACUUUUUGAAACUAAGAAACAUAGAUCGAACAAGACUAAGUGAAAUGGAAUACUACUCCACGCUUUUGUGGCAUCUUCAUAAAGAAGAAGAGUUGAGUUUUUUGGCGCAUGAGUUGUACGAUGUGAACAAGAAUUCGCCAGAGGCAUGGAUAACAAUUGGCAAUCUAUUUUCUCUCAUGAAAGAACCCGAUGAAGCAAUCAAAUGCUUUAAAAGAGCAACACAAAUCGAUCCUGGUUUUGCCUACGCCUAUACCCUUCAGGGACAUGAGCAUGCAACCAACGAUUCUUAUGAAAACGCUUUGGACUGCUUUAGAACGGCUUUGUUAUAUGACCCCAGACACUACAAUGCUCUCUACGGGAUAGGCAAAGUGUAUCUUAGUCUGGGAGACAAUAUUAGAGCAGAAUAUCAUUUUCGAAAGGCUGUCAGCAUCAAUCCGUUGAAUGUUAUUUUGAUCUGCUGUGUCGGAAUGGUUUUGGAAAGAGAAGGUAAAAGAGAAUUGGCAUUGAAACAGUAUGAGCUAGCCCAUGAAAUCCAGCCAUUGGCCCCACUAGCUUUGUUCAAAAAGGCGCAAUUGCUAUUUGUUUUAGCCAAAUAUCAGGAAUCUGUGGUGGAGUUUGAAAAACUAAAGGAGAUUGCACCAGAUGAAGCCACUGUCCAUUUCCUUCUUGCCCAACUCUAUAAAAUAUUGCAUCGAAAAACAGAGGCAGUGAAGGAAUUCACUAUCGCACUCAAUCUUGAUCCCAAAGGAUCGCAUUUAAUCAAAGAAGCAAUGGAAAGCCUAAAUGAUUAA